GGAAAUUUAUAUAGGCCUACUUUUAGUUCCGCUUAUUCCUUAACCACAACAAUUGGCGUAUGCCAACAAUAUCUUUGUUCUUUUAUUGUUAAAAAGCUACAUUAAAAAAAUAGAAUAUAUAGAGACUUAUUAUCUUUAAAAUCUAGAUCUAGUCUGUUUGCCAAGAGUAAAGACUAGAUUUUACGCUAUGGCCACCGUAACAUUGUCACCUGGGCCAUCGGGGUCGGAUGGGAAACAAAGAAAAAGAAAAAAUGGUCAAGAAUCUGAUGAUGAAGACAGCCAGGGAGGAUCUUUUCCUGAGAGUGCUGAUAAAGAGAGGUUUGCCAGGGAAAGCCAUUGCGAAAUUGAAAGAAGGCGUAGAAACAAAAUGACAGCUUACAUAAAUGAACUUUGUGAUAUGGUGCCUACCUGCAGCACAUUAGCCAGAAAACCAGAUAAGCUGACAAUCUUACGAAUGGCUGUUUCACACAUGAAAACUUUGAGAGGCACAGGCAACACCAAUAAUGAUGGAUCCUACAGGCCUUCUUUUUUAACAGAUCAGGAACUUAAACAUCUCAUCCUAGAGGCUGCAGAUGGGUUUUUGUUUGUGGUUCAAUGUGAUACUGGAAGAAUAGUGUAUGUGUCAGAUUCAAUUACACCUGUGUUAAACCAAAGUCAGGGUGACUUAUUUGGCACAACUUUGUAUGAUUUGACCCACCCAGAUGAUGUGGAGAAAGUUCAAGAGCAACUUUCAACCUCAGAGUCUCAAAACACUGGCAGGAUUUUAGAUCUUAAAACUGGAACAGUGAAAAAAGAAGGACAUCAGUCGUCUAUACGUCUAUGCAUGGGAUCUCGAAGAGGCUUUAUAUGUAGGUUAAGAAUGGGAAAUGUACAGUCUGACCCAAUGACAGCAAAUCACACUGUCCGCAUGCGUCAAAGGAAUACACUAGGACCUGCUUCUGAUGGCAACCAUUAUGCAGUUGUUCAUGUCACAGGAUAUAUAAAAAAUUGGCCCCCUUCAGCUGGUGUACAACUGGACAGAACAGAUUCAGAUGAACAUGGUGGCAGUCACUGUUGCCUUGUGGCUAUUGGUCGGCUGCAGGUCACAAAUACGCCAAACUGUAGUGAUAUCAUGGGACCAAAUCCUCCAACUGAAUUCAUCUCACGGCACAGCAUGGAUGGAAAAUUUACUUUUGUAGAUCAGAGGGUAACGGCUGUUCUUGGCUACCAGCCACAAGAACUCUUGGGUAAACUAGCAUUUGAAUUUUAUCACCCAGAAGAUCAAACUCAUAUGAAAGAAACAUUUGAGCAAGUUCUGAAAUUAAAGGGUCAGGUAAUGUCUAUAAUGUAUAGAUUUAGAGCAUCUAACAGAGAAUGGGUUUGGUUGAGGACCAGCAGUUUUAGUUUCCAGAACCCAUACACAGAUGAAGUUGAGUACAUUGUGUGUACAAACACUCUAGUCAAAAGUUCUCAACAGGGACAGAUAACUCCUAUCCACAAUCCGGCAGAGCAGACUUCUGAUGGAACCAUGCCAAGCAUUCCUUCUUAUGCAGGUGGUGCUAGAAUAAUACAUUCAGAUCCUAUGGGUUUAGCCUCCACUGGGGCUGCUAAGCCUGACUACCCUACAGAUCUUUAUCACAUGAACCAACGGCCGCCCAUGCAACAGGAAGUUUAUCCAGGAUAUCAAACAACAGGGACAAUGAAGUAUCCUGUCCACCCUUCGGCCACUCCUCCUCAAGCCAUGGCAGCAGGUAUGGGAAUGAGGCGCAGUCCUGCUCAGACCACACCUGGAGGCUGGACUCACCAAGGAGCCUUUGCCAGAACUGAUGUUAGCACUGAUUAUGGAGCAUCAGCUGGUCACUAUAAUACUAUUAGUCCUGCUAGUAAUUCAGCAGGUUCCAUGUGGCCUCAACAGUGGCAGCCUACUGAAGCCACAGGACAACAGCAGCAGCAUACAUCUCAGUCUCAGGAGGAAUUUACAGAAAUGUUUGGCAUGCUUGGAGGCCCACCAAGUGAGUUUAGUGAACUGUCUGGGAUGUUCCCCAACUUUCCAGAAUAGAUUCUUUCACUUGGAGAAAGAUAGAUCCUUUCACUUGGAGAAAGACUUUUGACACAGUAGCUACACAUCCCACCUGGAGGCAAUCUCCAUCAUAUGAACUUGUUGCCUGGCAGCAGAGUCCCGCAUUUGUAGUAUGGCUUUACAUUAUGUUUGACAUUUAAACCAACAGUUCUUAGGGAAAUGUGAACCAUGGUUGUGACAGUGUCAUGAUGUCUCCAGGGUCACUGUCAUUUUCAACAUUGUGCUUCACAUAUGAACCAAAUUUGAUGGGAGCUCUACAAUGUUAGUCUAUAUUAAACUCAACGUGUACAGUUUUUGGCGGAAAUGCAUGCAGCUUCUACAUUUGGCCUUGAUGUUCACACCAAUAUAGCUCAUCAGCUCUAUAUCUUGUAGUUCAUGCACUUUGAGGCCGAAUUUUCAGAAUUACAAUUUGGAGAGUAGUUAACACACUGAAAGCCAUAAUGAAUCAUUGUUCUACAACUUUGUGUUGAUGCCAUCUCCUUUGUGUGUACAUACAUGUUGUCUCUAUGGCACUCUUGUUAACUAUCUCUAUGGAAGAAACAUUUUUUUUUUCCUGUGCUUUUAUGUAAUUAAACAAAAAGAUUUUUUUUAAACUAUUGACUAGAAUGUGAUGGAUCUUAUUAUUAUUAUUGUUAUUUAUGUUUUUUUCCAAAAUUAUGUUUUUAUUACAAUCGCUAUUAAAGAAAAUUGGUUAAAGGGAUGGUAGGGCUUUGUUGUCCGUACCAUUUACUUAAGAUAUUGAGAUUAUUUUCUAUUUACACUUUAAUGUAAGAAAAGUUUUUAUAUCUUGUCUAAUACUAAAGGCAUUUCUAACAUCUAUGUAUUCUAAGCAGUGCUAGAAUAUUAUUUCCUGUAGUGUAUUGUAUACUGUACUAUAUGGAAUACAAUUAUCCAAACAUGAUUUGGGUUUAUAAAUUAUUGUAGGAUUUGGUAUGCUUGAUCUAAUUUCACUAACUUGAAGUGUUAUUUUUCUCUAACCAAAUAGAUUUAUGAAAUGAUGUCACUUUCCUUCCUAUGCUGUGGAAUGAUAAACUUUGAUGUUUUUGUUUUUGUAAUUAUUUAUUGUUGAACUAAGCAGAUUGUUUGUGAUCUGCAGAAACAUCUCCCCACUCUCCCUUUUUAUAAAACUUGUUACAGUGCUAAACUGAUGAAUAUAUAUAUAUAUAUAUAUGUGUAAAUAUAUUUAGAAAGAAAAAGAAAGAUAUUCUUUUCUGGCAAAUGAUGUUAUUUUGACUUUUGAAGGUCUUGGUCAAUAUUCGCUGGUCCUAUAGACAAUAGACUAGUUUAGUAUAAAUAUUGCCUGUAACUAAGCCUUACACCCAACUAUGAAUAUCAAGCUCUAGAAUAUUCCAUUGGGGAUUAUAGCACUUUCAAAUAAUUAAUAAAAAAUGUAAUGAACAUUUAGCAUUGUCUAAUCUGUGGACUUCUAUAAAUUAUUUCUAUUAUAAUAGUAACAGCAGCUGGCCUGUAACUCUGAAUUUAAUGAUUGUAAUUAAAACUGUAAUUCCCCCAUGUGUAAUGCACUUCCCCUCCUGUGUUGAUCAUCUGACUGGCUACUGUUGAUCAUGUGAUUAGAGAGAACAUAAUGCAGGUGUUUUCCUUUAUUCAGAGUUCACAACAUUGAUAGCUUCGCCUUAAAAGUCAUGUUGAAGUCUGGCACACUAUACAUAUUAUAUAUCGAUAUAUUUAUAUCUUUGAAUGAACAUAAUUUUUCUUCUUUGCUAAAUUCUGUGUCUCCAAUCAAGUCAUCAUGUUGUUUGUCCUGAAAUGAUCCUUGUCACUUUGCUCCGUGGGGAGUUGUUUUAUUUUUUUUUCUCUUGUUUUGAUUUCCAAUGUUUGUUGUCAUAAUGUAAGACUUGGAAGAACUGAAACCAAAUGAUUACAACAUUCAAUAAAACUUUGAAGGCUUCAA